UGUGUAGGGGUGGGUAGGUGAGUGUGCACGCUCAUGGGUGUGUGGAUCUCAGAGGACAACACUCUGAGGAGCUGGCUCUGUCCUUCCAUCCUCAGUUCUGAGCUUGCCCUCAGGCCAUCAGGUGUGACAGUAAGUGCCUUUCCCCACUCCACCGUCACAUGGGCCCCACACACCAAUUUUUAGUGACUUUAAAUUGGGCUUCUUUUGUUAGAGUUUUAUGAGAGGCCUUUGUGGCCUAAAACCUACUAAUAUUGAAAGCACCUUUCUGUGACUCCAGGUGGCGGUGCUGCAGCCAGGGACUAGAAAAGGACAACCGUAGAUAUUCCUACUAUUAAAUGAAUAUGUGAGGUUGGCGUUCAUUCAGUUAUCUCUAAUUUAAAUACUGCUGUGAAGGGCAGAGCUUAAAACCUUCCAUUAUAAAGUCAAAUAGCGUGGGUUUGGCUUCUAGCUCAGCCCUGUUAUGUGACCACAUGAGUUAACCCCUUCAAAUCUACCUUUCCUCAGGAAUAUUGAGAGCCACAGCAUGGAGUCCCUGCUUUCUAGGGGCCCUGGAUAUCACUCAGUGUGAUAACGUGCAAAGUACACAAGACCGUGAGGAGCACAUGCGGUCGGUGAUGCGUCCUUCCCUCACAGUUGGCACUGUGGGGCCCACUUACGACUGUUUGGGAAACUUAAAGGCCAUUUUGAUGAGUUCCACCUUGAGAAAACAUUUUGCCCUGCCUAUCUUUGAGGGCUAUAAGGAAGAUCUAUGUCUUCGUCCGUCCUAAGAAGAAGGUUUGGGGAAAGCAACCAAUUACCAGAUUAUUAGAGUAAUGUUGUUUACUAGUGAAGGGCUUCGAGGUGAUUUAAACACCACCCCAGUCACAGCUUUCAGAGCUGUUCUAUGGGUCCUUUAAAUUUUAAUGAAGAUUAAGAUAAACUUCAGAUAAAUGCUUCGUCAUUUUAAAGAAGCUGGGUUGCUAUUUAAAUCUUCUGGGACUACACAGGUUGACACAGGUUGAAUCCCAGUUGAUGGCUGAGGCAGAAGUCUCUCAUGUUCUUGAUGAAACCUCUCUGGAGAAGCCCUCGUGCAGAGAGAGGUGUUUCCUUGGUGAUUCCAGAUCAAGUGGAAGUUGAUGAAUAAGCAGCUUUCAGCACAGCCACUGAAUGAAGAGCCCUGGGCAGAGCAGCUCUUUGUUCUGGCUUCUCUCAGAGCUAAAGUAAGGGCUUCUGCUCACACGGUGCCUGCAUUUGACCCAGCAAGGCACGCAGGUGUAGUGCACUGAGAGUUGAACUUCACACAGCUCAAUGGAAAAUGCUAAGGACGGCUCCAUUAACCAAAGAAUCUCUGCACACAGACACCCCAUGAUGUUUUCUGCCAUUUUCUGCCACCUGCCCCCAAUGCUAUGGUCUUCACAUCCUCAGUGAUCACAGAGAGGCAGAGGAAGCCUCCUGUCCUCUCCCUUCCCCUAACUUUUAUCUUACAUCUUACCGUGAGACAAGGUCCUACUAAGUUGCUCAGGUUGAUUAGCCUUGCAAGUGUCCUGCCUCUCCCUGCGCUGAGCCUAAAAUGAACAGAAGAAAGCCCAGUGAGUGUUAGCUUCUCCUUUCUUUGGCCCCUGCUCUUUAAAGAUGGGGGGGCGCACCUGGUCCUGUGCACACAGAGCUGACUGGCAACUGCUGUGAUGGAGUUGUCUUCUCAACCUGGGAGCCUAGAUAAGUCCUCUCUCCCCUCACUUGCUUCUCAUGAGGUGUUGGUCACAAUGUCCAGAACAGACAGACACCACUAUUGGAUUUGAUUCUGAUUCUGGCAGGAGGGUAUAAAGUGUUUGCGUUCAAAGAACCGUGAAGCAAGGAGAACAAGCUGCUGUGGGCCUUUCAAGCCCAGGAAUUCUGCAUCCAUUCUGUCUUUGGCAGAGCAGCCUGGGUUUAAUGGGAGGGAGAAGUGUUCCCUGGAGUUUGUUUCUGAAGUGGUUGCUUUCUGUUUAUUCUGCUUUUCCUCAGCUUCCUCUCAGUUGACAACAUGCAGCUGUCUCUCUCUGAAGAGGGAUUUCGUGUCCUUUGAACCUAAGGAAGUGUCAGUUUGCUUUCAUCCAGUAACAUCUCAAUAUUUAAUCCUGAAGGGAAAGACCGAAACUGGCCUUUUCCCAUGUGAUCUGUGGAAGGAUGUCAUAUCCUGUAAAAGGUACAUGGAUAAUCAAUCACCCGAGAGAAGGAUCUAGCUAAGCAGGUCACCUGCCUAGUUAAUAAUAUGGAUUCUGUUCGUUGUUUUAUACCUAAUGUGUCAUUUAAUUUUUUAUACCAAGUCAAUGAAGCCAUACAAUAUAGUCUCUACUAUAUAGGAGGAAACAGAGAAGCCAGCUUCUAAAUCAUGGAAUCCACGUAGGGUAUGAAGCCUCAGACUAUGCCUUCGGCCACUCUGCUGACCUCCUUACUUGUUUGUUUAAAUAGAUGUGGCAGUUAUAGCGAUCCUCUCAUUGGUCUCCCAUGUUCAGGUAUCUUAACACCCUCCCCACCCCCCAUGUACAGGACACACAUGCUGGUGCAUUCUGGGGGCUGGGUGUUAAAGAGAAAUGUAGAGGAAGGUAGCCGAUAUUUCAAAACUGCCUGGGAGUCUUGGGAUUGGAUGGCAUAUAAGGACUUAUUGUUUUUAAUUAAAAAAUUGGGAUGUAAAUUGAUUAAGUAAAAAAUAACAGCGGGGCUGGGGAUUUAGCUCAGUGGUAGAGCGCUUACCUAGGAAGCGCAAGGCCCUGGGUUCGGUCCCCAGCUCCGAAAAAAAAAAGAACCAAAAAAAAAAGAAUAACAGCAACAGCAGCAACAACAACAACAAUAAUAAUAAUGGGAAUACAGGCAACAUGGGCCCAGCAGGUUACAGAUCUUGUCACGCGAGGUUGGCAAGUUGAGUUUAGUCCUCAGAGCCCAUGUAAAGGUUGAAGGAGAGAACUGACUCACAGAGGUGUCCUCUAACCUCCAUACAUGUACCCGAUGAUGGUGGUGGUGGUGGUGACAUUUUUUAAGUUUUAAAGUUUUUGGAAUAUUUGAGGAGGUAUCAUAUAGGUGAGGCAAUGAUCGGUUUGCGUGGUUAAAUCUGCAGAGGGCUGACUUCAGCUCAACAGGGAAGAACUUUCUAGCUGGAAUCAUCUGGUAGAACCGGCCGGUUGUGAGGUAACGGCCGUGUCCAUUGUUAGUGCUCUGCAGUCAUCCUCUUCCCUGUCAUCAGACAGUGGCUCUCGCAGUCUUCAGGAUAGGCCCAGGCUCAGAGCUGAAGCGAACGUCUCAAGGUUGGACACUGAAGAGCUGUAUAAUCACUCCGUUCAGAAGGCUGAUGCUGUGUGCUGAGAACAGGAAAGAAAUGGAGGAUUGGAUCAGCUCUCUGAAGUCAGUGCAGAGCAGAGAACCCUAUGAGGUGGCCCAGUUUAAUGUGGAACAUUUCUCAGGGAUGCAUAACUGGUACGCCUGCUCCCACGCCCGGCCCACCUUCUGCAACGUGUGCAGAGAGAGCCUCUCUGGAGUUACCUCCCAUGGCCUAUCCUGUGAAGUAUGUAAGUUCAAGGCUCACAAAAGAUGUGCAGUAAGGGCAACAAACAACUGCAAAUGGACCACGCUGGCCUCCAUCGGGAAGGACAUCAUAGAGGAUGAGGAUGGUGUCGCCAUGCCUCACCAGUGGCUCGAAGGCAACUUGCCUGUGAGUGCCAAGUGUGCAGUGUGUGACAAAACAUGUGGCAGUGUUCUUCGCCUGCAAGAUUGGAAAUGCCUUUGGUGUAAGACAAUGGUACACACUGCCUGCAAAGACGUGUACCAUCCUGUCUGUCCACUAGGCCAGUGUAAAGUUUCCAUCAUCCCUCCAAUUGCACUGAAUAGCACAGACUCUGACGGUUUCUGCCGAGCAACCUUUUCGUUCUGUGUCAGCCCCCUCUUGGUGUUCGUCAACUCUAAGAGCGGGGAUAAUCAGGGAGUGAAGUUCCUUCGUCGCUUUAAACAGUUGCUCAACCCGGCUCAGGUGUUUGAUUUAAUGAACGGAGGGCCCUAUUUAGGCCUGAGAUUGUUCCAAAAGUUUGACAACUUCCGGAUCCUUGUCUGUGGAGGAGAUGGAAGUGUAGGCUGGGUUUUGUCAGAGAUUGACAAACUGAACUUGCAUAAACAGUGCCAGCUUGGGGUGCUGCCCUUGGGUACAGGCAAUGACCUUGCUCGAGUUCUUGGCUGGGGAGGGUCCUAUGACGACGACACCCAGCUCCCUCAGAUACUAGAGAAGCUGGAACGAGCCAGCACCAAGAUGUUGGACAGGUGGAGCAUAAUGACCUAUGAACUCAAACUGCCAGCAAAGGCAUCUGUACUUCCUGAGCCUGCAGAAGCGACUGAAGAAUUCUAUAUGACAAUUUAUGAAGACUCUGUUGCAAAUCACCUUACGAAAAUCCUCAAUUCCGACGAACGUGCGGUGGUCAUAUCGUCUGCCAAGAUACUCUGUGAAACCGUGAAGGACUUUGUUGCCAAAGUGGAGAAGGCACAGGACAGAACACUGGAAAAUACAGUAGUAGCUGAAGCCGUGGCCAGUAAAUGCUCGGUCCUAAACGAGAAGCUUGAGCAGCUGCUCCAAGCCCUGCACGCAGACUCCCAGGCCAGUCGAGUUCCUCCAGGGGUCGGCCCUGCAAUCCCUGAAGAAGACACCGACACCGCCAGUGAGGAGUCCUUGGGUGAAAGCAAGGACCAGCUCGUGAAUGACUUUGGGAAACCCUCCUCCCAGAAAGCCGUGAAGCCCCGGGAAAUAAUGCUGCGGGCAAACAGCCUAAAGAAAGCAGUGAGGCAAGUCAUUGAAGAAGCUGGAAAAGUUAUGGAUGAGCAGACAGUGCAGCCCUGUGAACCAGUUAGUCCAUCUUGUGACUAUGAUACAGAAGCAGAUGAAGCUAAAGAGGAUGACACGAAAGAGUCGUUAUCUGCCAAAACCACACCUCAGUCUCCUGAUGCCCAGGCAAGCCGUGGUCAUUCCCAAAUUGAUUCCGUCGCUGGUCCAGCUAUGGCCACCACCAAAGAAAACCUCCCUGUGCUCAACACCAGAAUAAUCUGCCCAGGUUUGAGAGCAGGACUUGCUGCCUCCAUAGCUGGGAGUUCUAUCAUCAACAAAAUGCUGCUGGCCAACGUAGAUCCUUUUGGUGCAAUGCCGUUUAUUGACCCCGACCCAGAUUCGCUAGAUGGAUACUCGGAAAAAUGUGUCAUGAACAACUACUUUGGGAUUGGAUUAGAUGCAAAAAUUUCGUUAGAGUUCAAUAAUAAGAGAGAGGAGCACCCUGAAAAAUGCAGAAGCCGAACGAAGAACUUGAUGUGGUAUGGCGUCCUUGGGACCCGGGAGUUACUGCAGAGAUCAUACAAGAAUCUGGAACAAAGGGUUCAACUCGAGUGCGAUGGGCAGUAUAUUCCUCUCCCCAGCUUACAAGGCAUAGCAGUGUUGAACAUCCCAAGCUACGCAGGAGGCACCAACUUCUGGGGUGGAACCAAAGAGGACGACAUAUUUGCUGCUCCAUCCUUUGAUGACAAGAUUCUGGAAGUCGUCGCAGUCUUUGACAGUGUGCAGAUGGCAGUUUCAAGGGUCAUCAAAUUGCAGCAUCACCGGAUAGCACAGUGUCGUACAGUAAAGAUCACUAUAUUUGGUGACGAGGGAGUCCCAGUGCAGGUGGAUGGUGAAGCAUGGGUCCAGCCCCCCGGGAUCAUCAAAAUCGUGCACAAAAACAGAGCUCAGAUGCUGACCAGAGACAGAGCCUUUGAAAGCACCCUGAAGUCUUGGGAAGACAAGCAGAAGUGUGACACUGGGAAGCCAGUUCUUCGAACCAACCUAUACAUCCAUCCCACCGCUGACCUGGCCACGGAGGAAGUGUCACAGAUGCGGCUCUGCUCCCAGGCCGCAGAGGAACUCAUCACUAGGAUUUGUGAUGCAGCCACGAUUCACUGUCUCCUGGAGCAGGAGCUGGCUCACGCCGUGAAUGCGUGCUCACACGCCUUGAACAAAGCCAACCCACGCUUCCCGGAGAGUCUUACGCGAGAUACUGCCACUGAAAUAGCCAUCAACGUCAAGGCGCUCUAUAAUGAAACAGAGUCUUUGCUAGUUGGCAGGGUUCCUUUGCACUUGGAAUCUCCUCAUGAAGAGCGGGUGUCCAGUGCCUUACACUCUGUGGAGAUGGAGCUGCGGAAGUUAACCGAGAUCCCCUGGCUGUAUUACAUCCUCCGCCCCAAUGAGGACGAGGAGCCUCCUAUGGAUUGCACCAAAAGAAACAACAAAAGCACAGUCUUUCGCAUAGUGCCAAAGUUUAAAAAGGAAAAGGCUCAGAAACAGAAAACAAGUUUACAGCCUGUCCAGAAUUGGGGCACAGAGGAAGUUGCUGCUUGGCUGGAUCUGCUCAAUUUGGGAGAGUACAAAGAAAUCUUCAUCCGUCAUGACGUCAGAGGGGCUGAACUUUUGCAUCUGGAAAGACGAGAUCUUAAGGACCUGGGGAUUCCGAAAGUGGGUCAUAUGAAGCGAAUCCUCCAGGGAAUUAAAGAGCUUGAACGGAACCCUCCCAACUUGGUCUGAGGUGUGAUCACACUGGUGCUAUUUCUGGGAAGCGAAGUCCUCACCACUCAAUACAGAGUUCUUGGAAGCUGCUGGCUGUUCUUGUGAUUUACUGCACAGAUAAGCACCUCUGGAGCACCUCUCCCGAUUGAUAUUUUGCUGUGGGUGAAGGUUUUGAUUUGAGGUAUUAGAAAAAUAAUUUUUUUGUGCCAAAAAAAAGACCAUUUCACAAAGCCAUGUUCUCAUUGUGCAAACCUGACAUGCUAAGAAAUGCUCCCAGUAGUGGAAGAAGGAUCAGACGAGGUUGCUUGUCUAGAAGGUGGGCUCGCCCGCCCACCCAUCGUCCAGUGCCCUUAGAUCUGGGUCCACAGGAGGGUCCUCUGCACCUGCGGCCAGUGACAGUGCGUAUUGCAGCUGAAACUUCACAGGCUUCAUGGCGAAGGCGAUGGCUCCUCCCUAGAAGCCACCGGUUAGGGGAAGAAGCUAGGAGUCGAGCUUUAAGUUUCCCCCCCGACGUUCCCAGUAUCCACUGGUCAAAGAAUAUGGUGAGCCCAGCCCAUCACACACUAUGACUGAUGCAAAUCUGAUGCACGGCGUUCCUUGCCUGAGUUGUUUUUCUUUUUUCUUGCAUGUCAUAUAUAUUAUUGUAAUAUUUCAAUAGCUUUAACGUCUAUUAUGAUGAAAUUUAACUUAUUACCACCCAUCUACCCAAGCACUUUUUGGUUGGUUAAGGGCACUUUUGAGUAAAUAUCCCAUACCUAAGACUCUGUGAAUGUUCCUCUGUGCCAUGAUCAACAGAUGAUAUACAUCUUAUGCAAACCAGGUUAUUGCCUGUCCCAACCACAGGUGUGGGCACAUGGAGAAUUAUUGGGCAUUUUCAUAAGCUUACAUGUUCGGUUGCCUAACAAAAACUUACUCCAACUUUCCAAACCCAAAUUCCUACAUUUUGUUCCCAUUUUUUUUUCAUUUCAAUUUAAUAACCAUUUUGAGUUUCUGCUUUAACUUGUUAAGACUUGACAUCCAGGAAUUUUCCAAGGUCUCGGCUGAGAUUCCUACCCUGGGUUCCGGGGACUAGCUGACGUGAUUAUUGACAGGAGUCACCGGUGGAAGGAAUUUCAUUUUGUUUCUUAAGGGCUUUUUGUAUUGUCUCACAUUUGGAUAGUCUGUCAGGUAGAUAUUCCCCCUUUUCUAAACCAUUGUGUGUCAUUGUGGCUCAAUAGAACUAUCAAGUAUUUGAAAGCCAAAGGUAUACAUGUCAAAAAAGUAAAGCAGAGGAAUCUUUGCUUUCUGGUCAUUUUAUGCCAAAAAUAAAUUGUAACAUUUGAAAGUUCUAUAAGGGAAUCAGGCAGGGUUGCUGACCCAGCAGAGAUGGUUUUGAUAAUCUGCUUGGCAGGCGCUCAGUAGGUAAACAUACCCACUCAUGUGCACACACGUCAUGCACCUUUACCUGGAUGUGCACACUUACUGACAUAUUAUCUUGAGAUAAAGUAUCCCUGGUACUUUUUAGACAAUCAUUUGCCCAAUGCUUAGUGUUUUAUCUUAACUUUUAACUUGGGUAUUUGCUAGAAAAAAAAUCACAAAAUUUAAAGACCUUGAGAAUAAAUGAAGGCCCAACAUGAAGUUCAGUGGCAAAGGGCUUGCUUAGGACAGACAAGGGCCUUGGUUCCACCCAUGGCAGGGCAGAAACAAAGGGGUCAACAGACAAACCCAAUGGGUCCCUGGCCAUAGAACUAUGUCUUAUAUUUUACCCAAGUUGUGCACAAUGGAUGCUCUCCAAAGAUAAUUCCUAUCAAGGCUUUUGAGCUGAUAAUAAACCAGUCCCUUAGUAAUUUCAAUAUUAAGCUUCACGCCUGUUAACCUUGCCAACAUUUUCUCUGAAACCAGAUCAUCCCAGAGCUCUGCCCAGAUCACGUUCAAGAGAAAAGAGGUGGGGGUGGGGAGAGGACUCCAGUAUAUAAAGAGUGUAUUAAUAUAAAACACAUGAUUGAGUUUUCAUCUCCCCCCAAAUACAUCAUUGUCAACAGGAAAAACAUUCUAAUGGCUGCUGCCCUGGGGGUGCACAAUGAUUGGCUGUUUUUGCUUGGCAAUCUUUUCAGUACCUGCUAACACCUUUUAUGUAUUCCGUAAAAUCCUGACUUGUGGAAACACAUUUAAAUGGAAUGGCUUUGGGAUGAUGGAAAUUCUUUAAGAUGACAGUUUGGACGAAUGAGUUUGUCCAGUGUGAACAUCCUCUCUAGUCCGUGCCUACAGGGGUCUGGAUUGGACUCCAGCGAGCCCUGACACCUGCUUACCAGCAGUGGACUCCAGAGACUCCGUCAAUCUCCUCUAGUGUCACGGAGAAGCUGUCUUAUCCUAGUUGAGGUUUCAGAAUGAGGGAAGUGCGAGUUGCCUGCCACUCGCUUGGUCCAGCCACAUUCAGGGUACCGAGGGCUGGUUUCUGAUCCUCGCUUAAGAGGAGAGAGAUGCUCAGGUGGGCGCCCGACGGGACAGCAGCUGUCUCUCUACUCCAAAGCACUCCCCCCACUCCAGGAAGGGAACAGAGUCGGAUGUCCUCCAGUGACUAGACAGUUCUCAUUCAUGUCCUCCCACAUACUCACUGACCUCUGCUCAUCUCCCUCCAUCAGUUACCCCAUGGCGAGACGUUGGAGGGGAUUAGAUAAAUUUCCAUUUUGCUGGACAGUUGAAAUGGAGAUAUUGCAGUGGUUGAGAAGAUGCCAGCAGUGGACGUCCAGACCAUGUCCGUGCUGUCUGGCACCUUAGCCACUGUACACCUGUGGCUAUUAAAUUGGAGUUUAGUCUUACUAGAGAUUCUGUUUAUCACUUGCACUGCCUACAUUUUGAAUGCCCUGUAACCACAAAUGAAGACUAUUUCCACCAUUACAAAAAUAUUUCGUUUGACAGCAGUGAACAAGUAUCCCUGCUACCAAAAUGUGGUCCAUGGGCCAUCAAUCAGCAUUAAUGUCACCAGGGAGCUUAUGAAAAUGUAGACUGUUGGAGCUGACAAGAUGGUUUCAACAGGUCUGGCGACAGGUUUGAUGCCAAAUGCCGUAUAAAAGUGGAGAGAGAGACACUUACAGACUGUCCUCUGACCUCCAUCUUCCCGCCAUGGUGUCCUCACCCACAUCCACACAAUUAAAGGUACAUUCUUUAAAAGCAGAACUUCAUAUUCACUCCCUGUCUGCUUCUGGAGUCUUCCUCCUGGUGAGGGAUUCCUGGGGCCUCUCUCCAGCCCUUGGGGACAUUAAGCUUCCCUGAUCCCACACUUGGCUUAGCUUGGUCUUACUCAGUUGCUCAUGACUUAAUUCACGCCAACCGUUUCAGAAGAACAUGGCCUGAGAUAAAGAUUAGGCAGUCUCUUUCAACUUGCAUGUUCUCAUUUUCUUGUAUCAGUAGAGUGUCCUGUGGACAUACUUCAUGCUCGAAGGGACGUAGCGGCCCGUGCACACUAAAUGGGUCAUUAAGUAUGCAAAAGGAAAAAAAAAAGAACCAGAAUGAUUGUAAGAAAGCUGAGUGUGCCGCUUGAACUCUGAAAGCAGGCAUAUUUUUGCUAGAUUUGGAUCUCUGUAUCUUACGAUAACUUCUCUUGAUUUGCAUGUGGUUCAUAAUCCCUUAAAAAUAACUGCUAGCGGCAAUAUCUUCUUGGCCUCCAAAUUCAAAUGAAUUCUAUACCGAGAUCUUUUUCCAGUGAUUUAUUGUCAGGAAUCUGUCCCUUAAUUAUUUUUAUUAUAAAUUACCCAAAUGUAACUUCCUAGCUUCUUUGAUGUAUAAGAUCUUACUCUUUUUAUAUGAAUUGACAGGCUACUAAUUGAAAAAUUAUAGGCUAUACAUCACCUAAAGUCAGUCAUUUACACCUGCAGCUGAGCCAGAGUGCAUUGUGAACCUUCAUUUUCCAAGGGUGAAUUCUUUAGGGAUAUCAAUUUUAAUUUAUCUGUAAAAGUCAAUCCCCCCUUUAACUCCAACUUCCGGAGACUCUCUUGCUCACCCCACCCCGAACCUCAGUGGACACAUUCUCUGUCUGACAACUCUAAGUUUGUUAGAUGCGGGAUUUAUGGGUGGUUAAAAGAGAUGGCAGUUUUCAAACUCUACCCAGUGCAGGUGGGAAUAAAGGAGAUAGAGACGAAGCACCCUCAGAAGGACCGCCGUCCAGUGGGACUGCUUUGCUAGUGGCUUCCUGGUCUCCCCUUCUCUCCCUGCCCACCCCAAGGGGAGCAAGACCUUCCUCUCCCCUGUUUCUGCUGUGGUGUCCCUCAGGUGACAUCUGUGUCACAGUAUCUGUCACGUUGGUAGUGAUACCUUAGCAAUAGGAUUCCUCCACAAAGAAGCAACUAGAACUUUUCAAGGGUGGUAAUUGUUUUUUUGCUUUUUUUUUUAUAAUAAGCAAAACAUUAUUUUUCUUUAUAUUGUUUUCCAGGUUUUGUUUAGACAUAUUUAUGUUAGAAGAGAAUGUAUCAAGGUUUGUUGAUGCAGAGAACAAAGAGCUAAAGACAGCUGGACUGUACCUAUCUUUUUGUAUAGUAUUUCCAGGUAAAGAAGUUAAACCAAGACUGCAUUAACUCAAUAACAAUGCUUAAGAUGAUAGACUCCACAUUAUAUAUCAUAAGUGAGCAGCCUACUUCCGUUUAUGUAAUUUAAAAUGUAAUAUUUACAUUAUUUAAUAUACUUCUAUUUUUUUGCACUUCCAAGUUUUCGUUGGAAAAUAAAAACCAAACCAUAGCCUAAAAAGUACUUAAAAAUCCACAUAAAAAUAUUUCCUAUUAGCUACAAGUUACCCAUGUGUAAGACUGUGUAAAUAGUCUGGCCAUUUCAUAUUCUCUACAUUUCAAAAGUAAAUGAAUCAAAGAACAGGGUUACUUAUUUAAAAUGCAUUAAGAUAAAGACAUUUCAUGCUCAACUGCUGUCAAAGUAGAAUAAUGCAGUUCAACACAUAAGCAAACCAGGAAGAAGGAGGUUUUGUGACCCUUAGUGUUUGAUUGUAGUGUUGCUCACACAGCUUAGCCAUUUCUACAAUCUGAGUACUACCUGCAUAUGCAGCUGAAGGUUGCUAACAGUGCUGGUAGCUCGUUCUGUAAUAGGUUUGGGGAUUAUAACACUCACAGCCUUGUGAGUUCUAUCUUAUAUACUGAAGAUGACCAAUACAUUGGAGUAAUAUAUUUAUCUAGAGCUGGUAAAUAUGAAAAUUAUUUUCAAACCAUCGAUUAAAUGAGGUUGACUUUUUUCUUCGGGUGGGAUAAAGGUCACUUGUAUAAACAAAUCUCUAUUUGUAUAACAGCUUUCUCCUACUGGUGUUAUUAAUUUUCAUACUACAGCCUUUCUUACCUUUUUAUACCAAAAGAGUCGUCGUGCUGCUUAUUCAAGCUUGCCAAGAUGUGUUUGAGUCUGAAGACUCUUGGCAGGCAAAAAUACUUAAUAACAAGCAGAUACAGAAGCUUUGUAUAGUUUGUGGCUUUAGGGGAAAGAGUUGUACUUUUGAUUUUCUCUGACGUCAGCAUUGUCCCAUGACAGUAUUACUUAGAACGGCUGUAUAAAUCAGUCCCCUUAUUUAUUAUGCUGUGAAAUGUACUCUUUAUACAGAAUACGUAGUCUAGCUCCUUUCCUUUUUACUGCUGUUGCCUGGAGUGUGAUGGCUCUGUUAAUGGUUGACUUAUAUACUUGAAAUGCUCAUUUCUGUGAAACAGACGCCCAGUGUACUCCUUCUUUAAAAAAAAGAAAAAGAAAAAAAAAGAGAGAAAAAAAGUAUUUUCUUUCCUGUCUUAGGUAACUGAGUUACAGUUACCAGUCAUAGGAACUUUUCUACCAAGUGAUUUUUAUAUCUAAAAAGGCACAAAGGAGAAAGAAAGGCUAAAAUGGACAAUGUGUUUAAGAGCUCCGUUAGGAUGUAUUUUGCCCGGCCUACGUUAUGUCUUCAGUCUGUACGUUUUUUUCUUGUGGUGGGUUUUUAAUUACUGUGGUGGAGUCAUGUCUGUGUUGCACUGGCCAGUCUGGCAUUCUGACUAACGUUGAAUCUUGAACCCUACAACAAAUCUAGUACCUCUGAUAUCGAGCCCAUGUCCCAGAGUCUCCGUCGGAAACCCGUUUCCUGGCUUUGGGGCACACUGCAAAUGGAACCCACGGUGGAUAACCUUUGCUUAUUUCUGUCAAGUAACCAGAAAGUUUAGCUAAGUUUCUCAUUGUUUCAUUUGCAUUCUUGACUCAAAUUUAAAAACCUAAACAUUUAAAAUGCAUUUGCACGACACGCCAUGCAGAAUAAAAAUCACUUGUUUUUCAAGGAAGGAACAAAUAUCCUACUGAACGUUGCAGAGCAAAGAAUUCGCUUUCAUCCCUAAAUCCAACUGUUUUUCUUCUUCUGUUUUAUGAUGUAAGCAGCAGGUGAAUCAUGAGCCACAUAAACCCAUUCGGGAGAUUAAAAAUUAAUUUGCUUUUAAUGACAGCUUCAUAUUUAUUUCCCUGUCGUAGAUGCUUUUAUUGAGGAUAGGAAAAGUGAGAAUAUAUAGAUAUUUCAGGAACAUGAAGCAGUUUGGCAAGGCCCUAGACUUGAGUUUGAACACCUUUUCUCUUUGUAUUACAGAAGGAUCGAACCCAUGUAAAAUGUAUCAUAUGGUGGGCACCUUGGAAAGCUCCCACUGGUCAAGUCUAACGUCCUAGCUAGAAGUUAGCUAAUUCAUUCUCCGAGGAGGCCAUUUUACUGCAGAAAUUUGCAGGUCAAUUAAGGAGGCCACCAGGGUUGGGGAGCUAAACUCUUAGACAUUUAGAAAGGCCCCUGCAAAUGUUUAUUCCCAGGGCAGAGCUGUCUGUGCUUUCCAAAUACACAACAGACAGGUGGAUCUAGGCAUGGGGACUCAGACGGUUCCUUUAAAGGACAUCAUAAAGAUGACUCAGUCCAUACAAUGAACACCAAAGACAUUUUCAUGAGUUAGCUGAGCCCUGAAGGGUGUGAUAUGUUUUCCUUUGAGACAAUACUUGUUUUUCACUCACCUCUUGGAUCUGAAGAGGUUCAUUUGGGCACACCUUGUCGCUGGCCCAUUAUGUCCUCUACACACUAAUAUAUUUUGGUGCCUUGGGUCCCCAGCUCUAAGAGUUGCCCAACACUGCCAGUUUUAAGUAAUCAAAUUUUUUUCUACUAUAAGAAAGGACAGAUAUCAUCAGCCCUACCUAAAUUUACUAUGUUUUUUUCCAAUGACAUUUUAGUUUAAAAGAAAGGCAUUCCAGUUAUAACAUGAAAAAGAAGUGGUCCAAUCUGGUAACCCUGGACAAUGCAUUUGGAAAUAAAAGUGGAAGGCAAGUGUCUCAGUGAUAGAGUGUUUACUCUGCAAGCGGGAAGCCCUGGCUCACUCUAACAUUGCAAUAGUAGAAACAACCAACCACAGCAAAAUGGAAGUGAGUUUGAGUGAGUAACAUCUACCCAGAGUAGGUCCUGAGUCUCUGAAUCUGCCUAUUUAGGUUUUCUGUGUUCAUGUUAAAUGGCUACUUUAAUGAGAUGAAUACAGUUUUCAGUCAAGGCCCUCACAUAUUUCCUUAGAGUAACUGCCCCAAAAAGGGACAUCACAGAAAAGCAGUCACUUAGAAGCAAAGCCACAGGAUUCCUUGCCAGCUUUCCCCUGGGAUGUGACAAUCUUGAUGUUUAAGCACUGUCCACAGUGGCAUCUUUAAUCCAGAGCUUUCCCUCUUCCCUACAUUCUCUGGCUUGGACUAGUAUUCUGUUGUUGCAGCACACCUCCAAAGACAUCCCACAGAGAAACAAGCAGAUGUCAUCCCGAUUGUUUGCCACAGUGGACUAAAAGAAAGAAGUGUGAGCGUAUAGUCACAUGACGUUUUGAUCUAGUCACUAAUUGAUUCUUUUGGUUUUAGCCAGUCAGGGAAGAAGCCAUGGUAGACGAUUUCUGCUCUGAGGGGUUCUUUGUCAAAGCUGGCAGUUCUUAUAGCAUAGCUUGAUGACUCAGAGCUCCUGUGGCAUCCCCUCCCCCAACACUGGAAGGUAAACACCAUGUGACAAGGAGAAAUCCUAAGCUAGAAUUCAUCUGUGUGACUUUUGUUUGCUUUGAGCUUAUUUGUAUUAUUUGCAGAUAUGGUCUUAACUGAUGGUCAUAUCCCAGGCUGGCCUCAAACUCACCGGGUAGCCCAGGAUAGCCCCAACUUGUAUUCCUUUUCCACAUACCACUAUAGCAUGUUGUUGGUCGUAACAACAACUUUCAUGAUGACAGAUCUGUAAAUGAUUAUUCUAGAAUGAUAAAGCACAUUGACUUGCAGAUAUUACUUUGCCAGGAAUUCGUUUCCACAGUAACCUGCCAUAGAGAUGACCCUACUUUGGCUAUAACUUCAACACUUGUCCUGUUGUGGAUGUCAGCUAAAUGGCACCAGUGUUUUGAUGUGCAAAUGAGAAAGGUCUUGGGACCCAUAAUUGUUUUGUUCCCUCAACUUUUACUUGGAAAACCACCAAAAAGAUAACACUGGGAUUAUGACACUGUUUUUCUGACAAGAUAUUUGUAACCUAAACUAUGAAACAAAACUGUUCAUCCUAAUGGAUUUUGGAUUACAGAAGUAAAAUUUUUAUAGUUUUUUUGUUGUUAUUUAUGCAGCUGUGUAUUUCCUUUUUUACCAUCUCAGUUCAAAUGGCAUCUUUAGUUCUGUGCUGCCUUGGCUGUGGUAAAGUUAAUCCCACGGCCUUGACUCAGUCUUUGCCAUUUUCUUUCCUGUCCUUUUGCCAAUUCCUCAGCAACUCAAUUUCCUACUUGCUUUCUCACAUCCCCGAGUACGGAGACACACAUUUGCCUUGUGUUCUCUUUGCUAAAAGUCCUGAGUAGGCUUUCCUGUCCCUUAGCAGUGUGGAUCAGUGUCCAUAGGCCUUUGCCUCCAGAAUGGCUUAUUCAGCACAGAGCAGGGGAGGCAAGGACUGAUCCGUCAGCCCAGCUCUGCCUGCUCUGCCUCCCUUUAGCCCUGCUUCUCCCCUCUGUCAACCUUUCUAACCCAGGAGUGCAGAGCAGCACCAGCAUGGGAUUUAGUACCUUGGCAGAAUGACCUGGUACAGGUCAGCUCACCCAAGAAACAGUGCACAUUCAACCUUCUGUGAUGCUCUGUUGGGAGGCCUCCAACCUGUAAUGCUUCAGCUUCAGCCUUCCUACCGCGUGCUUUUGUUGUUGGUUGUUAAAUCCAUCUCAAUGAUAACUUUCAGGGCAGUAUUUCUUCCACAUUUCAUGUAUAUUCAAAGUUUUUCUGUUUGUGUCAUAUUCAGUUACACACACACACACACACACACACACACACACACACACACACACACACCUCCCACUGAAUUUUUUACUAGUUCUGUAGUCCCAGAGUAUAGCUAGCACAUAAUAGGACUUUGGCAAAAGUUUUUGAAUUCUAUUUUCAUACUGUCUCAAACUCAAAAUGCCUUCAAAGUCUUGUGCUUGCAAGGAUGCGUGUCUUCUGUGCAAACAAACAGAAGUCAUCAGGCAAAAGCAACUAUUUUGUCAAGGAUCCUCACCCAAUAAUCACAUUCCUUUACAUCAGGAAUAUCUGUCACAUAGGAAUUCUUGUUUCUGAAAGUGAGAUAUGAUUUCCAACAUUUCUGACAAAGUUUUGCUUGUAAAUCACACACCUGCCCUGCAGAUUGUCUUUCCGUUCUAUACACUUGACUACUUACAGUCUUCAUAGACAAAUAUAUAUUAAUUAUGGACUUGGAAAGGAAUAGAAAACAGUAAUAAAGGUGAAAUUUUUAGACAGUAUUUGCCCAAGAAGACACAGAUGAAAUUUGCAUGAUUUUGGGCCAUUUACUGUUAAUGUUUGUCGUAUUAGAAAUGUAGGAAGAUCUGUGACUAUCAUUACUCUUCUAAAACAUAGUGACUAAAAAUUUGCUAUUGCCUGUGGGCCUGUUUUCCUUUACGACUCUCUGAAGCCAUUCUACCAUGUCCCCAGAUAAUGGUAAAAGUUAUCACAGCGCUCUUUAAGUUACAUCUCUUGGAUGAACACCAGUCAAUUAAAUAAUUAAAGUGCCUCUUCUAGGCACUUGGUAAACUUUCCCUCCUACUUUGUAACCUUGAUAACUCACUUAGAUGCUGAGGGUACGGGUCAAAUAAGACAGGACUCUUGUCUGGUGGACUCUACAUUUGUUCACAAAUUGAUCUUUCUAAAGUCUGUGAGAGUCUUUUACGACAAACAAAAGCAGUUUCUUCUCUCAGAUUAUUUCGUCCAUGUCUCCUCCCACCCCAACGCCCUCCACACCAGCCAAAUCUAAGUCACCACGAAGCAACCCCACUGUUAUUCUCACAACUCUCAUAUUCUCAUGUCAGCCCCAGUGCUGGCCAUCGCUGACCAAGAGUGUGCCUCGUUAACCCCACGCCAUGCUACUUCUGCUGCACGAGGGCCUGUGCUGGACGCAAGUGUCUGGUUUAUAGAACAGGAAAAAAAAAUCUCAGGUUUAUUUUGGGAAGGCAGAAAUUCAUGACAUUUUAAGCAAAAUACAUGAGGCAACGUCACAAACCCACAGGAGAGGAUGAAGGUCACACAGUGUUGCUUUGGAGAUCAGAAGUCUCCAUUUGCAGUUGGUUGAAGUGGGUUGGCGUUACCUUAGAUGUCCUGAUGGUUUAGGUAGGAAGUAAUGACAUUUGACAGGGAGCAAACCUGUUAUCUCAGCAUUAGUGACAGUGGGUGUAUGUGUCCCACAAGGGUCUGCUCUGUAGAUGAGCCACAGCAAACAUUUGUGUUAUGAUACUGACUUCUGAAUAUUCAUUGACAGGUAGGCUAUAGAUUUCCUUUAUUGAGAAUGAAAAAAUAAACUGUCUUUACUGUCAGUAACUUUUCAGGGAGGGAUUUGCUGGUUUGUAUUUUCACAUUUCAAUAAGCAUAUUUUGAAAUCACUAUUUCCCAUCAUCUAAAAUACCGUAUAAAAUAAGAGACACAUCUCUUAGCAGAAGAAAGGUCUUAACUUGAUAGCUUUUAUGCUUAGUUUGACUUUGUAGAUGUUCCACAAAAGAAGGGGGCAGGGAAGGCUGGGCGCUGUGCCCUUCUACCUAGGACAUUCAUUUCACUUCUCAAUAAACAUAGUCAGAACUUAUUUCCCAUCUGUUACUAUCAUGGUAAAAACCUAACAUAGCUCCUUCUCUUCUUUAUAUUGCAAAAGAUAGUUUUAAUUUAGUCUUGCCAUAUUUAUAGCUAAGAAUUUACUACGUUUUGGUAGUCUGUUUUGAAACUAAAAACUUAUAUCUGAAAGAUGCAGAUAAAGUCUGCCUAUUUCUUACACAGUGGGCUCUGUUUGCUACAGAAAAGAGUGAAACUUUUCCCAGCUUAGCACACUUGCCAUUGAAAUGGACCUGACAGAGCAGAGGUUCUGACUUUGGCUCUAAUUACUUUUAAUAAUGAUAAGACGUGAGUUUUGUUUGUUUACAUGCUGUUUACAAUGGCAUAAUUUUUAAAAAUCUAUAUGAGAACUGAGAUAUUUAUUGCAUACUAUUUUAAAGAUGUUUUAAUGUGUUUUCACCUUUGGAAUAUAUUGUUACAUUUCCUUGUACAGAUAAUUUGGGUGGCUUUGUUAAUGUAGCUAAUAAUUUCUAUGACUACUAAGUGACCAGUUUCGGUGCCUUCUCUUGUGGGAUGCAUGACUCUGUAUUUAUUGUAAGGAAGUCACUGAUGUGUGUAUUUUUGUACUUCGCUGAGAGUAAUGGUUGAUGUACCUGGUGAUGAGAGACGUCUUUCCCAAAGGGCACUGCCUUCAGGUUGACCUUCUCAAAUAAAAAGACUGCAUUGAAA